UCGUGGACGGAGGUCGACGGGUCGGAGUCAGGGUCAGGAUGGUGGCCGAUCGACUGCUGGUGCUGCUGUGGUCCGCCCAGCUGGCCCUGGUCGGAGGGCUCAUCGACUCGCAGUUCAGGCCGUCUGGACUGCGCCGCUCGGCAGCUGCCCGCCGGCUGGCAGCGGCAGCUCGCUCCAACAGCUCGGUACCCGCUGCUGCCGUGUCAGAGGCGGCUCACCGGGCCGGGAGGAGGCGCAGGCAGACGCUGGCCGUGCCAGAGGGGUCCGUGAUCGGCGUCAUCCCAAAGUUCGGCUGGCUGCUCUACCAGGGCGAGGAUGACGAGGAGUUGGACUUUGUGGUGGAGACAGAGUUUCUGUACCGGUUUCCGGGCAGCACCGAGUCGGAGGUGGGUGAGACGCGCUCGGACGGACCCUUCUACGACUCGGGCUUCGACUACGACGCCUGGCUGGCGCACCGCCGCCAGAAGCGCAUGGUGCGCGACAAGAACGCCGUCUACAAGAGCGUCUCCGGCAUCUUUAGCAGGCUGGGGCUGGAGGGCAAGUCGUGUUUGCUGAAGACCAUUUGCGAGAUCACUGGCAGCCCGCUGCUGCACGACGGCCUGAUCGGCGAACUGCUCAACAUGGCCCUCAUACCGAGUCACACCGUAGACGGCGCGCCGGACGAGCUGGACGAGUACCGAGAGGCGGAGCGGCUGGGAGCGUCCGGCCGCAGCUGCCAGGCCGCCUUCAGCCAGUGCCCCGUGUCACUCUUCAAGCAGAUGCACGCCUGA